AAAGUCGACGCGCUGUUUAAAUUGUUGCUUUGAAAACUUCGUAAUAACUUAAAUUAAUGCUAUUUAAAUCUAUGAAUUUAAAUUGUAUUGUGAACGUACAUUAAUUAAAUAUGCAGAUGUCUAGGCAAUACUAACAAGGGUUGUCCAAAAUAACUUUACGCGCGAAAGAUAUCCGGCGAAGCAGAAAAGUGAAGAUAAUCAAGAAUUAGAGGAUAACAUGGAACACGCUGAUCCGUCGGCAUCGCAAAUCGAGGUGCAAAUUGACUACAAAACGCCAAAGAAAACUAGCUCCACUUUCGAGCACGAGGAGCUGUUGAAGAAAAUUAAUAUAUUAACUACUAAACCGGAGAAUCACUCGCAUAAUGCAAAGCUGCCCACCAUUAGGGAUUUCGUUAUUAUCAAGCCCAUCAGCCGUGGCGCAUUUGGCAAGGUGUUCCUCGGCUAUAAGAACAACGAUGCGAAUAAACUGUUUGCCAUCAAGGUGAUGCGCAAGUCGGAGAUGAUCAACAAGAACAUGGUCUCCCAGGUGAUAACCGAACGCAACGCUUUGGCCCUGUCGCGUUCACCGUUCUGUGUGAAUCUCUUUUACUCGCUGCAAUCGAUGUCUUCCGUUUAUCUGGUUAUGGAGUACAUGGUGGGCGGCGAUCUCAAAUCGCUGCUGGCCAUGUAUGGCUACUUUGACGAGGCGACGGCUCGCUUUUACGUGGCCGAGAUGGUCAUGGCCUUGCAAUAUCUGCACCAGCAUGGCAUUGUGCAUCGCGACAUCAAGCCGGACAACAUGCUGCUGUCGGCCAGCGGCCAUGUGAAGCUGACCGACUUUGGUCUGAGCAAAAUUGAAUUGCGUCGAGACCUGGAGAUAUCCGAUCUCAUCAACUGCUCGCCCAAUCUCAAUGCGCGUACGCCGGGCCAGCUUUUAUCGCUCACCUCACACUUAUCCUUUGGCUCAGAGAAGAAGUUUCAGGACAACGGCGUUGUAGGCUGUGCCUUGAUGACGGUCACAGGCACGGGCACCUCGCACCUAAUGCAGGCUAUGAACAAGCACAGCCACAUCAUGGAGUCCUCGGACAGCGAGGCAGACACAUCGCUCAAUGAUGCGGAAAAGACGAGCGAUAGCAAAAUCUCUGGCGUUUCACCCUUCUUUUCUGCCGAGGAGGUUAACAUCUCCAUAACGCACACUUGCAACACGAACAAUAAUCUUCUGGACAGCAGCUCGUCUUCCUAUCACACCUGCACGUCGGCGGACAUCAGCAAGUGCUCGCCGCCUCUGGAGGCAGCAGCCGCGGGCGGGGCUCCGGCAACAACAAAGCGACGCGUCGAAUUCAUUUUGGAUAGCGUCAGUAAAGAUGCCAGUGCUAGUGCACGUGCCAAGUGCCAGGGCUGCAAAUUUGCCGAACAGGACAAGAACGGCGAUGGUAAAGAUGUUGUCAAGUUGGAAAAUGCGAACGAAGCUUCGUUUGAGUUUUCCAUGGUACGCAGGCGUUCGCUCGACGAGCGCAACCGCAAUUCGAAGCUCCAGGAGGACUCGGGCGUGUCCAGUCGAAAAGGUGACGAUAACUCUAGCUGUCAUCUGAAUUUGAAUUGUGAGAGUACCGCCUCCUCCAUAGAGAAGAACCCAGAUAAUCUCAGUCAGUCAAAGGAAGAAUACAGCUGCUCCGAUUACUCGCCCAGCUAUAAUAUGACAAAUAACGCCAAUGAGCUAAGUGGCAUACGCAUGAAUUCGCCUUUCCGUAACAACUCCAAGCACUUUAAGCGACCUGAUUUUCUGCGUGGCAUGAAGCGCAAAAUAAACCUGGUCAAUCGCUCGGAUAACAUGUCAAGCAUGGAGGUAGAUGCUUCCAGCAAUGCCAGUACAAGCACUGGCCUGACCCAAGAGAUCGAGAUUCUUAACAUUGGCAGCAGUACGCCCAAAAAGCGCAAGGCGCGCUCCUCGCCCAUACGUGGUGUGCUCAAGGUGCGUUCUCUGUCGGAUGAUGACUUGCCCAUGCAGCAUCUGCUGGGCUCUGAGGCCAGCGUGGCCAAUGUGGUCUUCUCGACGCCCGUGUCCUCACAGAAGCUGCCGCGUCGUGAUGGAGGCCUGUUGGGCAAAUUAAAGGCUACACGAUUUGCCCUGCCACUUUCCAUUGAAAAUAAAAAGCUUGAGCACGCGGCCGUGGAGAAGCUAUCCGGUGCUCAGUACCAUCUAAAGCUGGCCGAUGAUCCAACAAUGUCGCCUAUAAAUCAUGGCGGCAGCAUUGCUCCCAAGACGCCCAAAAAUACCAUAAACGUAAAUACACCAUUUCGUACGCCCAAAUCGGUGCGACGCGGCGCUCGCGUAUCUAACGAACGCAUCCUUGGUACACCCGACUAUUUGGCGCCGGAGCUGCUGCUCAAACAGGGUCAUGGACCGGCCGUUGACUGGUGGGCGCUGGGCGUGUGCUUCUACGAGUUCAUGACUGGCAUACCGCCCUUCAACGACGAAACGCCCCAGAAAGUAUUUGACAACAUUCUCAAUAAGAACAUUGAAUGGCCUGAAGGGGAUGAGGCUUUGUCGGCUGAUGCCAUGGAGGCUGUGGAGCUGAUGUUGACCAUGGAGCCCGCGGAGCGCCCAGCUGCCAAAGAGGUGCAGCAAAUGCGUCACUUUGCCGGCAUUGAUUGGGAGAACAUCGGGCAUAUGGAGCCACCAUUUGUUCCAACGCCGGAUAAUCCAACGGACACCGGUUACUUUGAUGCGCGCAAUAAUCUGCAACAUCUGCAGUUAUCCAACUUUGCGCUGGAUGACUAAAGGAUUUCCUCUGUCCAAGCCGUACGACUAGUUGUAUAAGUUAUAAGUGUUAUUUAUAUAGUUUAUGUAGCAAUUUGUGCUUGUGAGUUUUAUUUUUAUAUAUAUAUAUAUUUGAUUG